AUGCCAAUGCUUGCUAUGGCAUCUGUGGCUUCACCGGUUAUAUUUAAGGAGUUUUGUCCCUUAUAUUACCUUCUCAAUGCCAUUCCCACAAAGGUCCAAAAAGGGUUUCGCUCUAUUGUGGUAUACCUCACAGCACUUGAUACCAAUGAAGACUACAUUGCUGUGGGGAGCAGUAUUGGAAUGCUUUAUCUCUACUGCAGACAUUUAAACCAGAUGAAAAAAUAUAAUUUUGAGGGGAAGUGUGAAUCUAUUACUUUUGUAAAGCUGUUGAGUUGUUUCGAUGAUCUGGUUGCUGUUGGUACAGCCUCAGGUCGGGUUGCAGUUUUUCAGCUUGUGUCUUCAUUACCUGGAAGAAACAAACAGCUUCGGAGAUUUGACGUUGCUGGUAUCCAUAAAAGUAGCAUUACAGCUUUAGCUUGGAGUCCCAAUGGAAUGAAAUUAUUCUCUGGAGAUGACAAAGGGAAGAUUGUCUACUCUGCCCUAGACCUAGACCAGGGUAUUUGCAACUCCAGCCUUGUAUUGGAAGAGCCAUCUUCGAUCGUCCAGUUGGAUUACAACCAGAAAGUGCUGCUUGUCUCUACUUUACAACGGACUCUACUUUUUUACACAGAAGAGAAAUCUGUCAAGCAAGUUGGAACACAGCCCAGAAAAAACACUGGCAAAUUUGGAGCAUGUUUUAUACCUGGCCUAUGUAAACAGAGUGACCUGACGCUAUUUGCUGCCAGACCUGGGCUUCGUCUCUGGAAGUCUGAUGUUCACGGAACUGUUCAGGCCACAUUCAUAUUGAAAGAUAUAUUUGCUGGAGGAAUAAAAACUUUUGAACUGUAUCCUCGUUUGGAACCACCUGACAGAGGAAGUUACAGCUCCCCAGAGAAACACCUUGGGCUUGUUUCAUGCUUUUUCCGAGAAGGAUGGGUGCUGACCUGGAACGAAUACAGCAUCUACUUACUAGACACUGUGAACCAGGCUUUGAUUGGUGGCUUGGAAGGAUAUGGUGAUAUUGUAUCUGUGUCUUGUACCAACAAUGAGAUUUUUCUCCUAAAGGGAGAUAGAGACAUAAUAAGAAUUUCAAGUAGACCUGAAGGACUGUCAUCAAUAGUGAAAGAUGAUCUGGAAACUCCAGUGCUAUCGGAGAAAAGUUUUGAUCGAGUGGGAGACUUGAGCAGUGAAACAAGAAAAAGGGGCUGCUCUGUAGUAAGUGAAUCAAGAAGCAGGAGCAGCUCAGUAAAUUCUGUGGACAGUGGCUCUAGUUUUAUGGUAUGUGCAGACCAACUUUCAGAAGCUCAGAGAGAAGGUCAGCUUUCUUCACAACGGUUCAGCUCAAUCAGCUCUGAAGAUUUUGAUCAAGAACUCAUUGUAAAGCCAAUUAAAGUGAAAAAGAGAAAAAAGAAGAAACAAGAAAGUGGGACCAGGAAAAACUACACCUCUCUGGAAGGUACACCAAUUUAUGAGCGUCAGCUUUCUGGUGAUAGUCCACAUUCAUUGAAUGCAGACUCCUUUUCCAUAACUUCCAGCCUAAUGAGUGGCAGCAUUGAUCGUUUGAGUACCGGAUCUCCAGAUCAGGAAAGUGUGUUCAGUGUGGAGUCCCAUACGAUCUUGCAAGAAGAUAAUGGUUCAGAAACUUUCAGUGUCCUACAGUCUCCUGAGUCUGCAACUGUACUAAUUAAUGAAGAAAAUGGAGAUAUGGUUGAUUUACAGAAACUUCCAAACAGUGACAGUGGCAUGGGUACUUCAGCUGUUACAGAUACUUUGACAUCUGUCUCUCCUGUAAUCCUCACAGAAGACUUGACAAGCAGUGUUGAUGGUGAAUAUAAUGGUAGUGUGGUUUUUGCAAGCAAUGAAUGCUGUCUUGGAAAGCUGAGCCAAGAGGAGGAGCAGGAUUUUCCUACAUUGUGUAAAAUAGAUGAAAAUUUAGAUAAAAUGAAGCUGCAGGACACUGAAAAAUCUUUUGAAGAGCCAGACCUUCCAGACCAAAUGUUUUUGGAAUGUGACAGUGUACUUGGUGUUCAGACAUCACUGACGCCGAAGGAGAGUGAUGAAACUGGUAGGGAGGACCAACAGCAGCUCUCUCUAAUACACAGCGCUCUGUCAGAUCCUUCUGUGCUCCACUUUGACAUUUCCAACGAUGUUUAUUCAGAUAACACUUCCAUUUCUGGAUGGAAUUUUGAAAGUGCAAUCAAAGCUAAAUCUAGUACUAGCACUGCUGAAUGGGUAACAGACACUCAUGAAAGUAAGACUGAGAAAUCUGCCUCAAGUGAUGAAGAGGAUAUUUAUGGACAUGGAUUACCAUAUUCAUCCUCGGAGACUAGCAUGCCUGAAGUUGGUGCUGGGCCUGGUUCCCAGGAUGUGGCCAAGAUAAGCCUAGACGAAAUGGUGCUGUUAAAAUCUGAUCAGUUUGCAGAGAGCUGGAUGGGAUACUCUGGCCCUGGUUACGGCAUCCUGAGCCUGGUCGUCUCGGAAAAGUAUAUUUGGUGCCUGGACUACAGAGGCAGCCUGUACUGCAGCGCUCUUCCUGCAGCGGGGCUGCGGUGGCAGAAGUUUGAAGACGGUGUGCAGCAGGUGGCAGUUUCCCCCUCAGGGGCUCUUCUCUGGAAGAUUGAACAGAAGACUAACAAAGCAUUUGCUUGUGGAAAAGUAACUAUAAAAGGAAAACGCCACUGGUAUGAGGCUUUACCCCAGGCUGUAUUUGUAGCUUUAAGUGAUGACACCGCCUGGAUUAUCAGAACAAAUGGAGAUCUGUAUCUGCAAACAGGCCUGAGUGUGGAUCGUCCUUGUGCCCGAGCAGUAAAGGUUGACUGCCCUUAUCCACUGUCGCAGGUUACAUCCAGAAAUAAUGUUGUGUGGGCACUGAGUGAGCAGCGGGCCCUGCUAUACCGGGAGGGAGUACGCAGCUUUUGUCCUGAAGGAGAACAAUGGAAGAGUGAUAUUGUCAGUGAAAUGCAAGCUUUGGAACCAGUGUGCAUAACGCUUGGAGAUCAGCAGACAUUAUGGGCUUUGGAUAUCCAUGGAAAUCUGUGGUUCAGAACUGGUAUAGUUUCAAAGAAACCACAAGGAGAUGAUAACCAUUGGUGGCAAGUAAGCAUCACUGAUUAUGUAGUGUUUGAUCAGUGCAGCCUGUUCCAGACGAUAAUCCAGGCAACUCAUACAGUGGCAACAGCAGCUCAGGCACCUGUGGAGAAGGUAGCUGAUAAACUUCGAAUGGCAUUUUGGUCACAGCAGCUUCAGUGUCAACCCAGCCUCCUUGGAGUUAAUGGCAGCGGAGUCUGGAUCUCUUCAGGCAAAAAUGAAUUUCAUGUGGCAAAGGGAAACUUAAUAGGCACUUACUGGAAUAAUAUUGUGCCUCGUGGUACUGCUUCUGCCACAAAAUGGAUUUUCGUGUUGGCUUCCACAGCUUCAUCUAAAGAAGGAAGCUUUCUGUGGCUGUGCCAAAGCAACAAGGAUCUGUUUUGUGUCAGUGAUCAGAAUCCUCAGUUUCGUCCUUCUACGGUGCAGCUGCCACCAGACACUGAAAUGGUGCACUACUCUGCCUGCCAGGAUGCCAUUUGGGGUUUGGAUAGUCUUGGGCAGAUAUUUAUCAGAACGCUUUCAUCCAGCUGUCCAACAGGGAUGCAUUGGACAAAACUGGAUCUCUCUCAACUAGGUGCUGUAAAGCUGAUCAGCUUGACCUGUGGAAAUCAGCAUGUUUGGGCCUGUGACACCAGUGGUGGCAUUUAUUUCCGUGUAGGAACUCAACCUCUUAACCCAAGUUUGAUGCUUCCUGCGUGGAUAAUGAUUGAGCCACCUAUACAGCCAGUAGGAAUCAACUUGGUCAGCAUUCAUUCAAGUCCAAAUGAUCAGAUGUUGUGGGCAAUUGAUAGCAAAUGGAAUGUCCAUGUCCGAGUUGGAAUUACAGAUGAAAUGCCUGUAGGCACUGACUGGGAACAUGUACCAGGUUUGCAGGCUUGUCAGCUGGCUAUAAGUACAAGGACCGUUUGGGCCCGCUGUCCAAAUGGAGAUGUAGCUCGUCGAUAUGGCAUUACUGACAAGAAUCCAGCAGGGGACUACUGGAAGAAGAUUCCUGGAAAUGUCUCACGUUUAACAGUGACCCCUCUAGAUGAACUAUGGGCGAUCAGUACUUCAGGAUCCCUUCUCCAGCGCCUCACUAAGACCUUUAGCCAUUCCCAUAGUUUGCAGAAGAAUAAUGACACUUCCGUUCUGCUUCACCCUGAUGAUUUUGAAGAUGAAUGGGAAGUGAUAUGAAGUCUCUCAAGCUUGUGAAGCAGUGAAAAAACCAGGAGGACAGAAGUUCUGUAAUGUAUGUACAGAAUGUUGGAUCUAAAAGCCACUCAUAUUGGACCUGUGAUAUUAGCACUUUUGUAUUGAAAAACUGACCUGUUAAAUAGCCCCCAAGCCGUGAGUUCUGAUGUUUGUUCCAUUAUCUCUCGGGAGACUCUUUAGGUGUGGCAUACUGCAAUUGUUAUACCGUACUACUGUAGAAGCUCCUUUGGAAAUAUAACUCUUACGUUAAUCUUACUAGCAAUGAAAGUGACUAUUUCACAACAGCAUGCAGACUAAUACUUGUGUACUUACUUUGAGAAGGAAUUCUGUUGCAUUAAAUAUUUCUCUACAGCAGAAACAUUAAGCAUUUCUCAAUUUCUUCUUGUACUUGGAACUCCAAACUGAUGGGAACGCUCUCCAACUAUUGUACAUUAAAUUUAGAAUUAUUUUCCCUUGCAGCAUGGAAGAAAAUAUGGCAAAGUAUUUCUUAGUAAGAUCUCAGAACAUCAUGGUUACACAGCAUUGGUGUUGAAAUGAACUUAGUUUGAUCCAUUUCCAUAAAAAUAUCUGCAAGGCUAU